AUGGCUACUACCUCGACGUCGGAGCUCAUCUUCCUCAAAGCCCCCAAGGAUGCCGCGAUCCCAGCCCAUCUCGCCUAUUUGAAAGAGCCGAUUGAACAAUUUCCUUCCUACUUGCCCGACGGCCGCAUCAACACGAAAUGCCCGUGCUUGGAGUCGGCAUUUGCGCACCGCUGUGGGUAUCUUAUGCGCGAGGCCAUCGCCUGUUUCAACCACUCGAAAAGCGACCCAAGGGGUGCCGAAUGCGAGUCGCAGUUCGUCCAGCACGCGCUCUGCAUCGACAACAAA